AUUCGAAUGUCACUUAGCGGUACAAACAUCUGCUGGAAGUUUGUUUGUUCUCGGGAACCGGGCUCAUUAUCAGUUACUUGUUGGGUUCGGGAUUGGUGAUCAUAGUGCGAUAGUAGUAAAGCUUGUUGGUUCCAGCUAGUGGAAUUAACAGUGGAUUUCAGUAAUAUUCAAGCUGAGAAGUUAACGUUUUUGUGCGGAAAUGGUACCAUCUAGUGAGUCGAAGCGAGCAUGUAUUGUGGUUCUUGGCGACAUCGGCCGCAGCCCACGUAUGCAAUAUCAUGCUCAGAGUUUAAUAGAAGAAGAUUAUAACGUCGAUAUCGUGGGCUAUGUGGAAACACAACCUCUCAAUACAAUAGUGAUGGCGCCAAAAGCCACUAUCCAUGAAAUUUUUCACUGUCCGGAGAUGAACCUUCCGCCAGCCUUGAAAUAUCUAUUCAAAACGAUUUGGCAGACUUUUACGUUGCUGCUUGUCCUUUGGGCGAUCAAACGGCCAAACUUUAUGAUUGUCCAAAACCCGCCCGGCGUGCCCACGUUGGCGAUUUGUUACCUGUACUGUUUGCUCCUUCGCUCCAAAUUAGCAAUUGACUGGCACAAUUACACUUACACCAUAUUGGCGUUGACCGCUCGGAGGACUAGCUUAGUGGUUCGCCUCGCUUACUGGAUAGAAGGCUUUUGCGGACGCCGCGGAGACGCCCAUUUCUGUGUAACUAAAGCCAUGCGAGACGACCUGAAGUCUAAAUGGGGAAUAGAAGCAAUUGUUCUCUACGAUCGUCCGCCACUACACUUCCAACCAAUCUCACUGGAGAAGAAGCACGAACUUUUCAUGAAGUUGUCUCAGGAUCACGCACAGUUUCUUCCGAAAGAUUGUGGCGACUUUAAAGAAAGUGGCGUUUUGGAAUCCACAAGGCUCACGCAAAAGUUGAGCAAUGGGAAAGUCAUCUACAAGAGCGAAAGACCAGCCAUUCUGGUUUCAAGCACCAGUUGGACACCGGACGAGGAUUUCAGCAUAUUGCUCGAGGCCCUACAAGAUUAUGAAGCUGAGGCAACAAAGGCUAAUUCUAAAUUGCCGAAUCUACUAUGCGUCAUCACGGGAAAAGGCCCUCUGAAAAAAUACUACGUGCAGAAAAUUGGAAAGCAGAACUGGAAAAAAGUGUCAGUUGUAACACCGUGGCUGGAAGCCGAGGACUAUCCUUUGCUGCUGGCUUCGGCUGAAUUAGGGGUGUGCCUGCAUUACAGCUCAAGUGGCUUGGAUCUGCCAAUGAAAGUGGUCGAUAUGUUCGGAUGUGGUUUGCCAGUGUGUGCCAUUAAUUUCCAAUGCCUUGGUGAACUAGUUCAACAUGAGAAGAAUGGUUUCAUAUUCGAAAACUCAAAACAAUUGUCAUUUUACAUAAAGAGUUGGUUUGAUGGGUUCCCAAAUAUUAAUGAGCGAACGGCUGAAAUGAAGCAGGAAUUCGAACAAAAUUUGAAAGUAUUCCAGUCGUUACGAUGGCGCGAAAAUUGGAAAUUGCAUGCUUUGCCAACAUUGCGUAAAUUCAACGACUGAAAUUUUCUAAUUUACCCUAACGUUUUCCGUAUGUAGUAGAAUGCUAGUUUGAAUAAGAGUCAAAUUUAUUUUUUUCUAAAAUGUAAAAUUUAUACUUCAUUCAAUGAAAUAAACCAAUGUAUUUACAGCAUGACCGA